UCACGACAGGGAGCCAGCCCCGCCCCCUUCAUAUAUCGCGAUAUCAGGGAGAGCCCCGCGCUGUCUGUAUCGGGAGAAUCGCCAGCUAGCCAGCAUGGUGCUGACAAUCAAAGAGGCCAAGAUGGCCCUAGUGUCGGCAGACACCCGGAUAUCGGAGUUAUUGAGUGAACUACAUCAGCUCAUCAAGCAGACGCAGGAGGAACGUUCAAGGAGUGAACACAACCUUGUGAAUAUACAGAAGACACAUGAGAGGAUGCAAACUGAGAACAAGAUCUCUCCAUAUUAUCGCACCAAGCUCCGAGGCCUGUAUACCACUGCAAAGGCUGACGCUGAGGCAGAGUGCAACAUCCUGCGUCGUUCGCUUGAUAAAAUAGCUGAAAUAAAGUCCCUUCUGGAGGAGCGACGUAUUGCUGCAAAGAUUGCUGGAUUGUACCAUGAUUCAGAGCCUCCUCGGAAGACGAUGAGACGAGGGGUGUUGAUGACGCUGUUACAGCAGUCUGCUAUGACCCUGCCCCUGUGGAUUGGGAAACCCGGAGAGAAGCCACCUCCACUAUGUGGAGCAAUCCCAGCAUCCAGUGACUACGUGGCCAAGCCAGGAGACAAGGUGGCGGCUCGCGUUAAAGCAGUGGAUGGCGACGAGCAGUGGAUACUAGCAGAGGUGGUUAGUUACAGCCAUGCUGCUAACAAGUAUGAAGUGGAUGACAUCGAUGAGGAGGGAAAAGAACGUCACACACUGAGUCGACGCAGGAUCAUCCCGCUGCCGCAGUGGAAAGCCAAUCCAGAGACGGACCCUGAGGCACUCUUCCAGAAAGAUCAGUUGGUGUUGGCGCUUUAUCCCCAAACCACUUGUUUCUACCGGGCUCUGAUCCAUACCCCUCCACAGCGGCCCCAAGAUGACUAUUCCGUACUGUUUGAGGACACCUCGUAUGCAGAUGGUUACUCGCCCCCUCUGAAUGUGGCCCAGCGCUAUGUGGUUGCAUGCAAGGAGCCAAAGAAAAAGUGAAAUGUAGCAUUUAAUGCACUGGAAA